AUGGCGUCUGCGGCACUCUCUCACGAUGACUACACGGUCGCAUGGAUCUCGGCCCUGCCGCUGGAGAUGGCUGCUGCGAAGGUUAUGCUCGAUGAAAACCACGAUCCCCUUCCUCAGCCGUUCAUAGACCGCAACACAUACACACUCGGGAGACUGUGCGGUCAUAAUAUUGUGAUCGCUUGUUUACCGUCAGGGAUUUAUGGUGUCACCUCCGCGGCUACAGUGUUGACUCAGAUGUUACAAACAUUUCCAUCCCUGCGAUUUGGCUUAAUGGUGGGUAUAGGGGGGGGAGUUCCUAGUAAAGCAGAUAUUCGACUGGGCGAUGUGGUGGUUAGUAGGCCGACUGCCACCUUUAGUGGGGUGGUACAGUACGACUAUGGCAAAACUAUUCGCAGUGGGCAGUUUGAGCGAAUUGGAUCGUUGAAUAAACCUCCCUCAAUGCUGUUGACCGCCAUAGCCCAAGUUGAGAGUAACCAUAUGAUGGGGAAAAGCGCAAUUAAAGAAGUUGUGCUCCAUGUGCUAGGAAAGAACGAAGGAAUGAGAGGAAAAUUUUCGCGGCCUGAUUAUGACUGGCUUUUUCGUGCAAAAUAUCCCCAUGAGGACAGGGACACUGAGUGUUCGGCGGCAUGUGACCAGAACCAACUGAUCAUUCGUGCCCCUCGAGCCACGGAUGAACCUUAUAUUCAUUAUGGUUUAAUUGCGUCCGGAAAUCAAGUCAUGAAGGAUGCGCAGACGCGAGAUCAAAUUGCUCAAGACCUGGGAAUUCUCUGCUUUGAGAUGGAGGCUGCAGGACUGAUGGAUCAGCUCCCAUGCCUUGUAAUUCGAGGGAUAUGCGACUACUGCGAUUCUCACAAACAUAAACAGUGGCAAGGAUAUGCGUCCUUGUCGGCUGCAGCAUACGCCAAAGACCUUUUGUCUGUCGUUCCCGUCAAUUACGAUCGUCAAAAAUCGAGGGAUCAGCUUUGGAUGGUUCCAUUUCCAAGAAAUCCUCGGUUUGCGGGUCGACAGAAUGAAAUCACGAAACUAGAGCAUCUAAUAUCAAUGCACAAUGGACUGAGAAUCGCUCUUACGGGUUUAGGUGGGGUUGGGAAGACCCAAAUCGUGCUAGAACUGGUGUACCGAAUGCGAGACCGAGACCCUGGGUGUUCCGUCCUUUGGAUCCCAGCUGUGAGCCAUGAGAGUAUUGAGCAGGCGUACAUGGACAUUGCCAAACGCCUCGAGCUGCACGAUGUUAGCCCGGCCGAUGUCAAAAUGCGAGUCAAGAUACACUUGAGUCACGAAAAUGCGGGCAAUUGGCUUCUGAUCUGUGAUAACGCAGAUGAUACCGAUCUGUGGGUCUCCAGUCUCAAGGGCUUCCUUCCGCAAAGUGAGCACGGUCACAUUGUCUUUACCACGCGCAAUCGAAAACUCGCACAGACUCUCGCACCAUCCAAUAUUAUCAUCAUCCCGGAGAUGGAUGAACAGGCAGCGAAGGAAGUUCUAACUAAUUCCCUCAUUCACAAAGACCUCGUUCAUGAUGCAGCCAUAGCUACUUUUCUUCAGCAGCUGACCUUUCUUCCACUAGCCAUUACGCAGGCAGCAGCAUAUAUCAAUGCUAAUGGCAUCGGAAUCUCUGAGUAUCUGGCGCUUCUACAGGAAGAGCAGGACGGCGUGGAGCUUCUAAGUGAGGACUUUAACGAUGAAGGCCGCUAUACAGAAAUUCAAAAUCCAGUCGCCACUACCUGGUUGAUCUCAUUCCAUCAGAUCCAACGACUAGACUCAUUAGCGGCGGAUUAUCUAUCAUUUAUGGCGUGCAUCAAUCCACAAAAUAUUCCGCAGUCGCUUCUGCCUCCUGCCUUAUCUUGGAAGAAAAGGACCGACGCGCUUGGACUUCUUAAUGCCUAUUCAUUCACCAGUACCAGUGCACAAGAAGACGGCUCCCUCAGCCUCCACCGACUUGUCCAUCUUGCCACUCGAAACUGGAUGAGACAAAACAAUCUACUACCUCCCUGGACACGUAAAGCGGCGGAUCGAUUUCAUGAAAUUUUCCCUAAUGAUUACCAUGGCAAUCGAUAUCUAUGGCGGGAAUACUUACCUCAUAUCCUAUUCCUUAUCAAAAGAAGUGAGUUUUAUGAGGUGAAGGAGCAAUAUGUUAGCUUACUUCGGAGAAUUGCGCAAUGUCUUUAUAGUGAUGGGAGAUACGAUGAAGCAGAGGUCUUAUUCCACGAUAUCAUAGAUCUGCAACAAAGGAAGAAUGGUGGUAGUAUGCAUCAGCCUACUUUAAUCGAUAUAAGUUGGCUGGCGUCAACCUACCAGAAUCAAGGCCGAUGGAAGGAGGCCGAAGAGCUGAACGUGCAAGUGAUGGAGAUAAGAAAGAGGAUAUUAGGAGCAGAGCAUCCUGAUACACUGAGCAGCAUAGCCGAACUAGCAACAACGUUUUGGAAUCAAGGCCGAUGUAUGGAGGCUGAAGAGCUAGAAAUGCAAGUGAUGGAGAUAAGAAAGAGGAUAUUAGGAGCAGAGCAUCCUGACACGCUUAGCAGUAUGAACAAUCUAGCAUCAACAUUUUGGGAUCAAGGCCGAUGGACGGAGGCUGAAGAGCUGAACAUGCAAGUGAUGGAGAUAAGAAAGAGGAUAUUAGGAGCAGAGCAUCCUAAUACACUGAUUAGCAUGGGCAAUCUAGCAUCAAUCUACCAGGAACAAGGCCGAUGGACGGAGGCUGAAGAGCUGAACAUGCAAGUGAUGGAGAUAAGAAAGAGGAUAUUAGGAGCAGAGCAUCCUAAUACACUGAGCAGCAUAGCCAAUCUAGCAUCAACGUUUCUGUCUCAAGGCCGAUGGACAGACGCUGAAGAGCUGAACAUGCAAGUGAUAGAGAUAAGAAAGAGGGUAUUAGGAACAGAGCAUCCUGACACACUGAACAGCAUAGCCAAUCUGGCAUUAAUGCUUUCGGAUCAAGGCCGAUGGAAGGAGGCUGAAGAGCUAGGUAUGCAAGUGAUGGAGAUAAGAAAGAGGGUGUUGGGAGCAGAGCAUCCUGAUACACUGAUUAGCAUGGGCAAUCUAGCAUCAACGUUUUGGUGUCAAGGUCGAUGGAAGGAGGCUGAAGAGCUGAACGUGCAAGUGAUGGAGAUAAGGAAGAGGAUAUUAGGAGCAGAGCAUCCUAAUACACUGCAUAGCAUGCACAAUCUGGCCUGUAUCUGGAAAUCUUUAGGCAAGCACAAAGAUGCUGUUCUUCUAAUGACCGACUGUGUCCAAUUCCUCACCCAACACUUAGGACCUGAUCACCCACAUACCAUAGCCUCCACGGGGUCUCUCAGUAGGUGGCAAGCAACGGAUACGACUGCAUCUAACAGAUCCCCUGAAACAUUCAGUGAGCCAGGCCAUGACGAUCAAAGUCAACACGUACCAAAGAAACAGCCUAGACCGGUACCGCCGACAAGUCAGCCUGGUAAUGAAAUUGAUGCAAAAAUACCGAAACCAACAUCAAUACCCAUCAGGGGCCGAAAACGAGAUGUCUUCGCAAGUUUAUUUCACCCAAAGACUCUAUCCGGAGGGGAUGGGAGACGAUGA